AUAAAGAGCUGGCAAGGAGCUGGAAAGCAGAGAGCAGAGCUCACGGAAGAGCAAAGAUGCCAACCCCGAACAUCUCCACCUCUGCAGCCAAAGGCUUCCGCAGGGCAGUGUCAGAACUGGACUCCAAGCAAGCUGAGGCCAUCAUGUCUCCACGGUUCAUUGGUAGGCGUCAAAGUCUCAUUGAAGAUGCCAGGAAGGAAAGAGAGGCUGCAGCUGCAGCCACUGAUGCUGCAGAGUCUACGGAGACCAUUGUCUUUGAGGAGAAGGAUGGAAGAGCAAUGCUGAACCUCUUCUUCAUGCUCAAGGCAGCCAAGACUUCACCACUGUCCCGUGCACUUAAGGUAUUUGAGACAUUUGAAGCUAAAAUUCACCACCUGGAGACCAGGCUUAGCCGAAAGCCCCGAGAAGGGACUGCUGAACUGGAAUACUUUGUGCGCUGUGAAGUCCAUAGCUCUGACCUCAAUACUUUCAUUAGCUCCAUCAAGAGGGUAACAGAAGACGUGAGGACCACUAAGGAAGACAAAUUUCACUGGUUUCCCAGAAAAAUCUGUGAACUGGACAAGUGCCACCAUUUGGUCACCAAGUUUGACCCUGACUUGGAUCUGGAUCACCCAGGCUACUCUGACCAAGUAUAUCGCCGGAGAAGGAAAUCAAUAGCGGAAAUUGCUUUUCAUUAUAAGCAUGGGGAUCCGAUCCCUCACGUGGAGUACACGGCAGAGGAGAUUGCUACUUGGAAGGAGGUGUACAGCACCCUGAAGAGCUUGUAUCCCACCCAUGCCUGCAAGGAAUACCUCGAAGCUUUUAACCUACUGGAGAAAUACUGUGGCUACAAUGAGAAUAACAUCCCUCAGCUGGAGGAGGUCUCCCGCUUCUUGAAAGAGAGGACCGGCUUUCAGUUACGGCCAGUGGCUGGCUUGCUGUCGGCGCGGGACUUCCUCGCCAGUCUGGCCUUCCGUGUCUUCCAGUGCACACAGUACAUCCGCCACGCGUCCUCUCCCAUGCACUCCCCUGAGCCGGACUGCUGUCAUGAGCUGCUGGGGCAUGUCCCGAUGCUGGCUGACAAGACGUUUGCCCAGUUCUCUCAGGACAUUGGGCUGGCAUCUCUGGGAGCAACUGAUGAAGAAAUUGAGAAACUUUCAACACUUUACUGGUUUACGGUGGAGUUUGGGCUCUGCAGACAGAAUGGGAUAGUCAAAGCUUACGGAGCUGGGCUCCUGUCUUCCUAUGGGGAGCUCAUACAUUCCUUGUCAGAUGAGCCAGAGGUGCGGGACUUUGACCCUGAUGCUGCUGCUGUUCAACCCUACCAGGACCAGAACUACCAGUCCGUAUAUUUUGUGUCUGAGAGCUUCAGCGAUGCCAAAAGUAAACUGAGGAGCUACGCAGCACACAUCAAGCGGCCCUUCUCAGUGAAAUAUGAGCCCUACACCCACAGCAUUGAGCUCCUGGAUAGCCCUCAGACGAUCUGUCACUCCCUGGAGAGCGUAAGGGAUGAACUCCACUCGCUGAUUAAUGCGCUCAAUGUUAUCAGUUAAUAUGAGAACUGGGCUCUUUCCUUCUCUUCUUCCCUUGCAACCCCAAAACCUCCUGCUCUGCCCUUGCCUAGUUCCCAACUGACAACUCUUACCUGUCUUCUCCAAGCAUUUGCACCGCUGCCUGUCACCACGCAACCCCAAGAGCUUUCCACUUUUGUAUGUAGGGCCAGCUCAGAGGAGUGUAGGCAGACAGACCCAAGGGCUGCUGGCUUUUUGGUGUAGCCGUUCUAUUGACUGCUGAAAGAGGCUUAGCACAGACCAAAGGCAUGGCCAAGCUACAAAGCUGAGGUCAAGAACUGUGUGCUAGGCUCCUGGGUGCAAGGAAGAGGAGAAAAGCUUCUUUAUCAGAGAGAGAGAGAGAGAGAGAGAAUCUAUUUUUUAUUUUUUUUUUUGCAGUUUGAGGGAAUAAAUUAAUCUGCUUUUCCACUUUUUUAGCCCCAAAGCAAAUCCUAUAGCAACUUCAGGAGGGACCUUCAGUCCCCACCGUGUCCUGCCUCUUACAGCCUCGCACAGUCAGGAAAUGCAGAGCUGCUUGAGAAGCUUUACUGCCUGAACCAACCCGAUGUUUAAAAUUCCAGCUCCCAGCCUGUCGGCUUCUCACACAGGGGAAUGCUUAGGGAAGAAACCCUGAGCUGUACCACCCCUCCAGGCUGCGAUAAGCUGCUCCGUACCUCUAAACUGACCUAAGCUAAGAGUUGCCUGUCUGGCAUAAAGCAGUCCUUAUCUACCUGCAUCCUCCCCAGCACAAACACCACAGGGCAAGUCCUGGCCAGACCAGAGCAUG